AUGAAAAGGCAAAUGCCCCGAGCUCUAAGAUACAUUACACUUAUUGUAGCAGCUGAAAUAACAAUUCAACUGGCUGCAGAAAAAUUUAUUCAAUCCAGUUCCCAAUGUAGUGAUGAGCUUUCCUUGCUUAACCAUCCAUAUCCAAGUUCAAUGUUGGGUAACUCUGCGGGAGAUUCUGAAGAGGUUCAUCUUCUCCAGAAUCUUCUGUCCUCUGCUGAAAAAAUAGAGUUUGAGGAAAAAGACUGUGGAUCCUUUAGAAGCAUUGCAGCGUUCAGAUUCGACCCUUAUUGCAUUUCGCGAUCAGAUUCCUCUCUCUCCCUGAUUACCAAAUUGGCUGGAAUUCAAACCUUAUUCGAACAUGUAGCAGAGGCAAGGAAGGUACACAUAAUUGACCUUGAGAUCAGCGUACACUUUGACGGCUACGAUUGA